AUGCCAUCCCCAGGCGAGCCCAUCGCCGUAAUUGGCUCAGCUUGCCGUUUCCCUGGAGGCGCAUCCUCCCCCUCCAAACUCUGGUCCCUCCUCCAAUCCCCCAAAGAUUGCCUCCGAGACUUUCCCAAAGACCGUCUCAACCUUGAAGCCUUCUACAACAAAGAUGGCGAGCAUCACGGCGCCACAGACGUCUGCAACAAGGGCUACCUUCUCGAAGAAGAUAGUCGUUUGUUUGACGCGUCGUUCUUCAACGUUAACCCUGCUGAGGCAGAUGGUAUGGAUCCGCAGCAGAGAUUGACGCUUGAGACGGUUUAUGAGUCACUUGAAGCUGCGGGGUAUACUAUUGAGGAGAUGCAGGGGAGUUUGACGGCGGUUUAUUUAGGGGUCAUGACGGGUGAUUACCAUGAUAUUCAGUCGAGGGAUCCUGAGAUUAUUAAUCGGUAUCACCCAACGGGGACAUCGAAGAGUAUUCUCUCAAAUCGAGUAUCAUACUACUUUGAUCUUCGCGGACCCUCAGUCACCAUGGACACCGCGUGUUCGUCUUCACUCGCAGCACUGCAUUUUGCGACACAAUCUCUUCGCAGCGGUGAAUCAACCACUGCCAUCGCUGUCGGUGUGAACUUGAUCUUUGAUGCCGCAGGCUACGUCGCUGAGUCAAAGCUCCACAUGCUGAGUCCUACAUCACGCAGUCGCAUGUGGGAUGCUGGUGCUGAUGGGUAUGCCCGGGGUGAGGGUGUCGCAUCCGUCAUUCUCAAGCCUUUGUCGGAGGCUAUCCGUUGCGGCGAUCACAUUGAGUGCAUCGUCCGUGAGACGGGUAUGAACAGUGAUGGUCGUACCACCGGUAUUACUAUGCCCUCUGCAACCGCACAAUCGGCUUUGAUCCGUCGAACGUAUCAGAAUGCUGGGUUAGAUCCUAUCAAAGAUCGACCGCAGUAUUUUGAGGCUCACGGCACGGGGACUCUCGCCGGUGACCCUGUUGAGGCUCGCGCUAUUCGUCAGUCAUUCUUUGCUGAUGAUGAAACUUCGUCUGAGGAUGCGGAGAAGCUGUACUGCGGCUCUAUCAAGACGGUCAUCGGCCACACUGAAGGCUGCGCUGGUUUGGCUGGCUUGCUUAAGGCAUCUCUGGCAGUGCAGAACGCCACCAUUCCGCCGAAUCUACUCUUCAACACGCUGAACCCAUCUAUCGAGCCUUUCUACGAUCGCCUACAGGUUCCCACUGCAGCAAUGCCCUGGCCAGAAGUCCACAGCGGUCCCAGACGAGUCAGUCUGAACAGCUUCGGUUUCGGAGGUACCAACGUCCACGCUAUCGUUGAAAACUACGAACCCGCCGCACCGGAGACAUCCCCAGUUACUGAGAAGUUCAUGGGCCCUCUGGUACUCUCUGCCGAGACCGAGUCAUCUCUCGCGACCACAGUUGGGAAGUACGCCGACUUCAUCCGGACCAAUCCAGACGUCAAUCUUGAAGAAAUAGCGUUCGUCACACAGACCCGUCGAAGCGUCUUCAACAGACGAGCGUUCUUCUCCGGUGAGAACAGGGACAAGCUUAUUGAGUUCCUUGACUCGGCUGUUGAGACCUCCAAGACUGGCGCUGAGAUUGGCAUCCAAGCACCAGGUUCAUCAUCGGAACUACCAGCUAUUCUUGGCAUCUUCACAGGUCAGGGAGCACAAUGGGCUUCCAUGGGCAAAACCAUGAUCGAGACGUCUUCCCAGUUUCGGGAGUCCAUACGGAAAUGUCAAGAUGCUCUGCGUGACAUUCCUGACGCACCGACGUGGUCGCUCAUGGAUGAGCUGAUGGCACCUGAGGAGAAUUCCCGGAUUGGCGAAGCUGCUAUUUCUCAGCCUCUUUGUACAGCAACGCAAAUCGCGAUUGUGGAUGUUCUUGCGUCUGCGGGUGUUCAAUUCGACGCCGUCGUCGGCCAUUCAUCAGGCGAGAUUUCUGCUGUUUACGCUGCAGGUCUGCUCUCAGCCACUGAUGCAAUGCGCAUUGCUUACUACCGAGGUCUCUACGCCAAACACGCCUCUGGGCCAUCUAGUGCUAAAGGAUCCAUGAUGGCUAUAGGUAUGGGCUCCGAAGAUGCGACAGCCUUCUGCGACCAGGAGCAGUUCACGGGACGAAUCAGUCUUGCAGCGAGCAACUCUCCGUCCAGUGCUACUAUUUCUGGCGACGAAGAUGCCAUUUUGGAAGCGAAGGAGAUUCUAGAGGAGCAGAAGACGUUUGCUCGCCUUCUCAAAGUUGAUACGGCAUAUCACUCGCAUCACAUGAGAGCCUGUGCAGAGCCAUAUCUUGAGUCGCUAAAGGCGUGCAACAUCACUGUCAGCCCUCCUUCUAGCAACUGCAUCUGGGUCUCUUCUGUCUACGGAAACGCAGACAUGCUUGAUGAUGAGGAUGAUCUCUCGGCCCUGUCAGGGCAGUACUGGAUCGACAACAUGGUUCGUCCUGUUCUGUUCUCUGAGGCACUGGAGUGCUCACUUUGGAGGGCUGGUCCCUUCAACCUCUCACUCGAAAUCGGUCCCCAUCCAGCUCUGAAAGGUCCCGCUUCGCAAACAAUGAAGACUGCUCUGGGCCAUGUCCUUCCGUACGCUACGUUCUUGAGGCGUGGUUAUGAUGACGUCGAAGCAUUCUCGGGCGGAAUUGGCUACAUCUGGGCAUAUCUUGGAUCUCACGUCGAUUUUGCUGGAUACCACAAAGCUAUACAUGGUCCUGAAGCAAGGAAGCCAAAGAUGAUCAAGGGGCUCCCGUCUUAUACAUGGAACCACAACAAGGUCCACUGGAAAGAGUCCCGCAUCUCCCGCCGUUACCGUCUCGCCGAGACAGCUCCACAUGAACUUCUCGGUCGUCGCACUGCAGAUGACUCCGAGUUUGAGAUCCGUUGGCGCAACAUCUUACGCCUCAACGAACUUCCCUGGAUUCGCGGACACGCUUUCCAGGGAAUGGCUCUCUUCCCAACAUCUGGAUACAUGGCUAUGGCUAUCCAGGCCGCAAUGGAGAUAGCCGGCUCACGACCUGUCAAGUUAGUUGAGAUCCGCGACCUUGUUAUCCCUCGGGCGUUGACUAUCGAGGACAAUAAUCCCGGCAUCGAGUCUAUCUUCUCUGUCAAGAAGAUUGGUGGCCAUGUUGAUGAGGACGUCUUUUAUGGAGAGUUCUCUUGCCAUACUUGCCCCGCCGAAGCUGAAGGAACCCUGGAGAGGAACUGCACUGGUCUGAUCACCAUUGACUUUGGUGAGCCUUCGGAUCAUGAUCUUCCGCCGCGAGCACCUGGGAAGUCGGGUAUUACACCUGUCGACACUCAGGAGUAUUACGACUCGCUUCUCAACAUCGGCCUCAACUAUCAGGGUCUCUUCAGAGGUCUCAAGUCUGUGCAGCGAACAAUGGGAUAUGCUACGACAAAGGCAACCUGGGACAAGUCUGAGGUAGGCGACCAGUAUGUUAUUCACCCAGGACCUUUGGACGUUGCUUUCCACUCCAUCAUUGCAGCCAUGUGCACGCCUCUCAGUGGGGCUCUCUGGGCGCCUUAUCUACCUGUCAAGAUCGAUAGGCUUGCUAUUGCUCCCAACACCGACUAUGAGGGGAUACCAGGCGAAAUCAACUUUGACGUUGAUACUUUCAUUACCGAGACAACGUCCAACACGUUCAGAGGAGAUGUACACAUUAUCAGCCCUGAUGGCAAGACAGGUCUACAGGCUGAAGGUCUCACCUUGAAGCUCUUCACUGAGGCAAGCUCCUCUGAUGACCGACACAUGUUCUCCAAGACAAUUUGGCGCGCUGAUAUCCUGGACUCUUCCGAUAAUCUUGACGAAAUCAAUCCUGAUGAGCAAGAACUUGCACUCGCUGAAGCUAUCGACCGCACAUCUUUCUACUUCAUCAGGAAGACCUUUGACCAUCUGUCGGAAGCCGAUGUAAAAGACUGGAAGUGGUUCCAUCAAGCCUUCUACAAGGCUGCGAAGGAGGUUCUGCAGGAGACAAGAGAUGGAAAACACCCAACUGCGCAGAAGGAAUGGUUUGAUGAUACCGAGGAGUUGAUCCAGGAGUACAAGGACAAGUAUCCUGAGCAAGCGGAUCUCAAGCUCAUUCACGCCGUGGCAGAGAACCUCGUUGGCGUCAUGACAUCCGACACCCAGCUCUUGGAGGUCAUGCUUGUGGACAACAUGUUGAGCAACCUAUAUACAGACGGACGAGCCAUGCAGCCUCUGAACAGGAUAGUCGCAGAGCUCUUCCAGAACCUGUCUCACCGAUACCCUCGCCUCAAUAUCCUUGAGAUCGGAGCUGGUACAGGUGGAACGACGAACUCAGUCCUCAACGCCAUUGGAGACACAUAUGGUCGAUACACGUACACCGACAUCUCAGCUGGAUUCUUUGAAGCUGCCAAAACUCGCUUCCAUACACAUAGCAACCGGCUUGACUACAAGGUUCUCGACAUUGAGAACGAUCCCACAGGCCAAGGUAUUCCCGAAGGCAGUCAGGACGUCGUUCUAGCCGCGAACGUCCUCCAUGCCACUCGCAACCUCAACGAGACCAUGACCAACGUUCGCAAACUUCUCAAACCUGGUGGCUAUCUCAUCAUGGUUGAAGUCACGGGAUACUAUCUACAGAUGAUGUUUCUCAUGGGUGGUUUGCCUGGUUGGUGGCUUGGUGUUGAUGAGGGGAGAACUCGUGGUCCUGGUAUCGGGCUGACGGAGUGGGAUGAGAUUCUCCGGGAUUCAGGCUUUACUGGAGCUGAUAAGUAUGUCACUGACUUACCUGACUCUCUCAAGCAUGUGUGCUCUGUCCUCGUAUCGCAAGCCGCCGAUGAGAGGGUCACAAUGCUCCAGGAGCCGCUGUCGUUCCUCGACGAGAUUCCGCUGGAGCAGCGACUUCUCAUCAUUGGUGGCAAGAGUCUACCCAUAUCCCGAGUCGUCAAGAGUAUCCAGCGUCUCGCAUCCCGAAUCGCAGAUCAGGUUACUGUCGUCGACAGUAUCGACUCCCUAUCAGACAAGCAUCUCAGUGCUGAAACAUCGGUCAUCUGUCUCACCGAACUCGAGAAGCCCAUAUUCUCUACUCCAAUGACAUCUUCGCGUCUAAGAAACCUCCAGUCUCUGUUCUCCCACUCAUCACACGUCCUCUGGCUCACAGCAGGUCGCCUCGAUGAGAACCCCUACGCCAAUAUGACAAUUGGUCUCGGGCGCGCCAUCAUCAACGAACUUCCUCAACUGAACCUUCAGUUCCUUGAUCUUCCCAAAUCCUCGACUAUUGAUGCGAAGAUGGUAGUUGAGGCUUUCUUGAAGCUCAAGCUCGGAAAGUCACCUGAGUUUACGAAGACGCCGAUGCUGUGGAGUACAGAGCCUGAGGUGCUACUGAGGGAUGGUCUCGUGACGAUUCCGAGGGUGGUGCCUGAUAAGGAGAGGAAUAAUCGGCUGAACUCUCAGAGGAGGAAGAUUACGAAGGAUGUUUCUCUUGGAGAGACAGAGGUUAUUCUGAAAGUCACUGAGGGCGGCCUCUGUCUCGAGGAGAAGGCCCCUUGGGCCAAGUCUCUGACGGGCGAUGGAAUUGUCACUAUCCAAGUGGAGCAGUCACUUUCACUUCCCUUCUGCGGAGAUAAUGAACGGGUUCUCUGCAUUGGCAAGACUGAUGGUCAAGUCACCAUGGCCAUCGCUCCACACCACAGCUCAACAGUCUCAGUUCUGGCAACGGAAGCAUUUAAUGUUCCCAAGGCAGAGGUUAUGCAAGCACAGACUGAUGUGUUGGCUGGCGUAGCUAUCAGCCUGACAGCAUCAAUCGUUCUUUCGAGCAUCUCAUCGGCUGCACUCACUACUGAGGAUAGUAGCCUUCUGGUCUACGGCGCGUGCACUGACAUACAGAGUGCCCUCACCGCCCAGGCUUCUCACAAUCUUAUCUUCGCCAGCUCUGAGGUCCAGUCCGACUCUAUCUUCAUUCACCCCAGAGCAUCCACCAGGACCAUCCAGCACCUCCUUCCUCGCGGCAUCAGCCACUUCGUCGACCUCUCCGAGAAGACUGACGACAAGAUCAGACAGCAUCUAUCUCAUUUGUAUGAGGCCAUCAGCUUUGUGCCCACACAGGCAUUGGCCACUAAGACUGCCCUAAGUUAUCAUAAAGUUGAUCAAAGUUAUCAUAAGGCUACUCAGAUUUAUCCUAAGAUUGCGUCAUUGGUUGAGACUGCCCAUCGUUUCUGCUGCAAAUCACAACUCGUAUCACCUCCAGCGACCGUUUCUGUGCAGGACGUCACAUCCCUUCCAGCCCUCGACCUUACACGCACCAUCGUCGACUGGACCAAACCCCAGCCUGUUAGUGUCACCAUCCGCCCCGUCAGUGGGCAAGGCCUCUUCUCCAACGAAAAGACCUACCUCAUGGUCGGUCUUGUCUCAGACUUUGGUCGAUCCCUCUGUCGCUGGAUGGUUGAGAACGGUGCCAAGUAUAUCGUCCUCACCAGCCGUAGAGCGCAGGUCGACCAACUCUGGCUUCAAGAAAUGGAGGACUUGGGCGCAGUUGUCAGAGUUUACCCUAUGGAUGUAUCCAAGCGUGACUCUGUACAGGCCGUGUGCGAUUCCAUCAAAGAUCUUCCGCCUGUUGGUGGUGUUUGCAACGGCGCCCUUGUUCUCAAGGAUCAGCUGUUCGUUAAGAUGGAACCCGAUGCAUUGAGCGACGUGUUUGCGCCCAAGGUUGAUGGAACAAUUCAUCUUAGCGAAAUCUUCUCAGAGCCGACUCUUGACUUUUUCGUCCUGUUUUCGUCCAUGAGUUCUGUCGUCGGUAAUGCUGGUCAGUCUAACUACAACGCAGCGUCUCUGUUCCAAGCUGCCAUUGCUCAGCAGAGGCGCGAAAGAGGUCUCGCAGCGUCAGUUAUGGCUUUGGGUAUGGUCGCUGAUGUGGGAUACAUCGCUGCAAAGGGCCCAACACUCAUGGAGCGGCUAAAGAAGGCUUUUUACAUGCCCAUCUCAGAGUCUGAUGCUCACCAGAUCUUCGCUGAAGCUGUUGCUGCUAGCAAGCCUGGACUGACAGCUGACGACACGAUCGAGAUGGUCUCAGGCAUUCAACCCUUCAACUACACGGCCUCCACCAAGGCUCGACCUCCUUGGGUCAACAAUCCACGCUUUUCGCACUUCGUUCGUGAGGAAGAAGGUUCGAAGGAUGUUGAUGCAACUAGGGCAGGCCAGAGCAACAUUCGCAUCUUGGAACAACUGGACGCCGCUGGCUCUGAAGAGGAGGCUGCUGCUGCUCUUCUUGUUGCCUUCAGAGCAAAGGUUGAGACCAUGCUGCAGAUGACUCCGGACAGUCUCAACGUUGAGUCAUCACUACUGGAUGUCGGUAUCGACUCCCUCUUGGCUGUGGAGAUCCGGUCAUGGUUCUUGAAGGAGGUUCACGUCGAUGUACCUGUCCUCAAGACUCUCAGUGGUGAUAACGCGAAAGAUAUCUGCGCUGACGCAGCGAACAAGUACCUCUCAGCCAAGAUGCAGGAGAACAAGUCUGAUACUGGUGAUGCGUCCAAAUCAGAUUCAGCAGCCAAUGGUUCAGCAACUGGGACAUCUAGCGACGGUAGUUCGAGUCCAGUUAGAUCAGGCCACGCAACACCGCCCAGUACAGUUGGGGAAACGGAGCACCAAGAGGAGGUCAAGCAGGAGAAAGAGUUGGAACGAGUGGAAAAGUUGUCGUAUGCUCAGUCGAGGUUAUGGUUUUUAAGUCAGUUUUCCAAAGAUGACACCUCUUACAACUGCGUCUACGUUUACAAGGUCACUGGUAACAUCCAGAUUCCUCGAUUGAAGAGGGCCGUUUCCACUGUUGCAAAUCACCAUGACUCCUCGAGGACGUGCUUCUUUACCCGACCAGGAAGUGGUGAGCCUGUUCAAGGACUCCUUGCCUCAGCGAGAGACUGUUUCAAGCAUGUCAAGGAUGAAGAUGGUCACAGUUUGGAACAAGAGAAGAAAAUCUGGCGAAACCAUGUUUGGCAACUCUCUGACGGAGACGUUCUCAGAGUCAUACUUGUCACUCAUGGACCUGAAGAGCACUCCCUCAUCAUCGCCUACCAUCACAUUGCCAUGGAUGGUGUGAGCAUGCAUCUCUUCCUGCGAGAUCUCAACGCCGUAUACAUGGGACACAAGCUCAAUUCGUCGCCGAAGCAGUACAUGGACAUCUCAGUCGAGGAACGAAGGGCCAUCGAGAGUCGCCAGAUGGACGACAGAAUCUCCUAUUGGACCAAGUUGCACUCACCACCUGCAGACACUCUUCAAUUAUUCCCAUUCGCUCGUGUCAAGUCACGACCCAUUCCGAAGACCUAUCGUAACGUUGAGUCUCUCAUCGACAUUGGCAGUGACCUCUCAGAGCAGGUCAAGCGAGCAAGCCAGUCUCUACGUAUCACCCCUUUCUACUUCUACCUUGCCGCUCUUCAAACACUCUUCAACAAGCUUUUGGAUGUGGAGGACAUCUGUAUCGGCGUCACUGAUGCGAACCGCGGCGAAAGUAGCUUACAGACCAUUGGCUUCUUCCUGAACUUACUGCCUCUCCGUUUUGAGGUUGAGAAGCAUGCGAAGUUCUCAGAUCUUGUCACAAAGACAGCCCAACAAUAUCGAACAGCACAAGCUAAUAUGGGAGUUCUUUCGAUAAUCCCGCUUGGUGGAAGCAAUCUGGAGUUCAAGGAUGGCUUUGAUGCCCAAAGUCCUUAUGAUCUUGCCUUUAGCGUGACGCCGAACAAUGACACGACUUACGUACAAGUUGUUGCAAGAGAAGAUUUGUAUACAAGAGAGGGUACCGACACUCUAUUAUCUGCAUAUCUGGCACUGCUGCAAGAUGCUUCGCGAGAUGUAAGCCAGAGGUUGGAGACCAUCGACAGCUACGGUCAAGCUGGUAUCGACAAGGCACUAAUACUUGGAUACGGGGAUGUUGUGGACUUCCAUUGGCCCUCCACGCUAACAGAGAAGGUGGAUGAGGCUGUCAAGAACCCUCAUGAUGUCGCUAUCAAAGAUGUCAAUGGUCGGCUCACCUAUGGAGACCUUGCCGUCAGGGUCAACAACCUUGCCUCAGGCAUCCAGUCUCAGCUUCGGCCUGGUUCAUCGGUAGCAGUUCUCUGCGAGCCAACCGCAAGUUGGGUCAUCUCCAUGUUGGCCAUCAUCCGUUCCGGAUGCAUCUACGUUCCUCUGGAUGGGAAGUUACCUGACGAGCGUCUCAAGGUCAUUCUUGAGGCUGUUGCACCUGCCUUGAUCCUCUGUGAAGACUCCACCAUGGAGCGUACUCACAACAUAUCUAUUGGGGCACCUAUCCUUUCCGUGACUGGGCAACCCGACUCGACCGAUAACUCAGCAAACCUAGAGCACGUGACUGAGACGACCUUCAUCUUGUUCACGAGCGGAUCGACAGGUACACCAAAGGGUAUUCGACUCUCCUCUCGAGGUAUCAUCAAUUAUCUCGCCACGAAGAGCUCGAGGCUCUCUCUGGGUCGAGAGGUGGUUCUCCAGCAGAGCGCUCUUGGCUUCGAUAUGUCUCUUGCCCAAGCCUUCAUGGCUCUCGCACUAGGUGGUACACUGGUCAUAGUGCCCAGUGUCAGUCGGGGUGAUCCACUCGCUCUGAGUAGGCUCAUGGCUGAUGAGGGAGUCACCUUCACGUUAGGAACUCCGACUGAGUAUCUUAUGCUCAUUCGACAUGGAGGUCAGACCGUGAAGUCAAUGCACUCUUGGCGGAACGCAACCUCUGGUGGUGAAGCCAUCACUCCUCAGCUGAAGGCAGCUUUAAAGACAUUGCAACAUCCUCCAGCUCUCACUGAUUGUUACGGACCCACUGAGAUCUCAUGCUGCGUUACCAUGAGGACUAUAGACCUCAGUGAUGACGGAGAGGACGAUGUCUACUCGCGUGUUGGUCCAGCGAACCCUAACACUUCCAUUUACAUCCUUGAUGAGCGCGGACAUGUGGUGUCCCAGGGACUCGCUGGUGAGAUCUGCGUUGGCGGUGUUGGCGUUGCACUCAGCUAUCUCGACGAGAACUCAACCUCACAGAAAUUUGUACCGAACCCGUUUGCGACGGCUGAGCAUACUGAAAAGACGUGGACUACGAUGUAUCGGACUGGAGACAAGGGCCUCAUCCGUGCUGAUGGCGGUCUUCAGUUCAUGGGCCGCAUGGAUGGUGAUACAACUGUUAAACUUCGUGGGCUACGCGUCGAUCUUGAUGAUAUUGCCAACGUCAUGCUACAACAGUCCAAGGGCUCUCUUGGGGAUGUCGUUGUUACGGUCCGUGGUGAUCCAGCUUUCCUCGUUGCGCAUGUUGUGCUGAGCACGGGAACCUCUAUGGAUGCCUCGGAAUUACAAGAUUUAGCGAGCGCCUUGCCACUUCCUCAGUACAUGAGACCAGCUACGGUUAUACCGCUGGAGAAGCUGCCGUUGAACAGAAGUGGAAAGGUGGACCGUCGUGCUAUAGCAGCCCUCCCUCUCCCUACAUCGCCUGCAUGCCCUGGUCCCUCCAAAACGGCUCCAGACAGGAAGUCAACGCUUGUUGAAGGAGAGUUGAGACUUGUUUGGCACAACGUACUAUCUCAGGCAGGUCUUGUCAAUACUGCGGGGCUUGAGCCUGACACGGAUUUCUUCCACGUUGGAGGCAACUCACUACUUCUUGUGAGACUACGAAGCGCAGUUGAGAUCUCAAUGGGCGUCACACUACCUCUCAGCGACAUGUACCGUUCUAGCACACUAGCUGGAAUGGCGGGCCUGGUUGCGCAGCAAAAGAGCUCUGACUAUGUGCGUGAGGUAAUUGACUGGGAGGUCGAGACAGGCGUCCCUUCUCCCAUCAACUUAACCUACUCUCGCCAAGCAAUCCCUGUCAGGACACAGACUGGUCUUGAGAUUCUCAUGACUGGCUCAACGUCAUUCCUGGGCAAACAGAUCCUCCAGUCUCUUUUGAGCCGACCUUCAGUCGCACGCAUAUAUUGCAUCGCCGUUGACCCAGACACUGAGGCCAGUCACCUCAAGGACGAUCGUGUCACGGUGUAUCCUGGUAGCCUAAGCGAGCCCAUGUUGGGACUCAAAAGAGAAACGUACCAGCACCUUCAAGCAACUGUAGACACUGUCAUUCUCGCGGGAGCCCAAGGCCAUUGUCUCAACAACUACUCAACCCUUCGCGCACCUAACGUGGAGUCGACGCGACAGAUGGGUCUCUUCGCUCUUGCUCGCCGAAUUCCUAUUCAUUACAUCUCAUCUAACCGAGUUACACUGCUUGACUCCAGCGCAGAUGCAGCCCUUCCACCAGUUAGCGUUAAGGACCAUCAACCUCCUACAGAUGGAUCAGAGGGGUUCACAGCAGCUAAGUGGGCAGGUGAAGUAUUCCUUGAGAAACUAUCAGAAGUAACAGCUGCGAACGCAGAGAAAGGUCUCUCUGUCUCUAUCCAUCGGCAUUGCGCCAUUGUAGGUGAUGAGGCCUCUAUCGAAGACGCACUCAAUGCCUUGCUUCGAUAUUCCAAGCUUAUCAAUGCUGUACCGCGUGUAUCUAGCCUGAAUGUCGGCGGUUACUUUGACUUCCUCCCUGUCACGGAUGUCGCCGACUCUUUUGCCGAUUUUGUUGUGUCCUCACAAGGAACGCACUCGGGCGUGGCUUUCAAGCAUUACUCGAGUGGCGUCAAGGUACCGCCAAAAGAGUUCGCCUCAUACAUGCAAGGGACAUAUGGAAACGAUUCCCGAGAACUGGACUUGGACGAUUGGGUCGAGGAGGCUAGGAAGGAAGGAAUUGAAGAGUUAAUUGUGUUAUAUUUGCAGGCUAUCGUGGAAAAAGGAGAACGGAUAACAUUUCCUUACAUGGGGAACAAUGAGUAG